AUGGUAAUAGAAUGUAAUAAAAAAGAACGAGAAAAACUCUUCAGUCAGUCUAAUGGUGCACUAUUACCGGGGUACACUGGUCAUUGUCCAACAUUGAAAUUCCGGUUUGGGAAACGAUAUGGAGCUAAUACUUUAGAAAUUAUUCAGGAACUUCGUGAGAAAGGAGUGUUAAAACAAUGUGAUUUAAAAAAUGUGUACCUGAGAGAUAGCCCAUUAGAUGAACUACCUCCAAAACCAAGUACAAACGAUUUAAAAAUUAAUGUUGACAAAGAACAAGAAACGGUCAAUAAUUAUCAAAGAUAUAUUUUAGGCUAUACCGGAUAUAUACCAGGGAUGCAUUUUCGGUAUGGUAAAACUUUUUGUAGACUUGCUCAAGAAUGUGAAGACAAUAUGCUUGUCAAGUUAUCGUCAGAACAAAGUCGAAAAGCUAUUGAUAGACCUGUUCGUUUUUUGCCUCCAAAAAUGGUUCCAGAUAAAGCCAACAUGCGUCUACAACAUACUUUAAAUAAAUAUAAAAGAAGCAAAGAUUUUAAAGAUCACAAAGUGUCUUCUGAAUUACCACCUAUAUCGGGUUAUACAGGUCAUAUUCCAAGACUCAAAGUAUCUAAUAUUUCAGUGAGUCUACCUUUUCAUCACUCAGCCAAACUUGGAUUGUCGGUCUUAAAACAAGAGAACGGAGAUACUGUCGAACAACACACUAGAUAA